AUGGCGGAAGACAGCCCACCGGCCGGGCCAAUCUGGGGACGAGCUGGUCGUGAGGGGCGCUCACACGAGACGGAGCGGGUGGGGGCCUGCGAGGCUAUAUGUGGUUGCCCUGAGCCCCUGCCGUGGAAGCCUCCCCAACAGGCACCAGGAACCCACAGCACCCACCAUGUGCCUCCCAGAGACGGGACUGCUAAGGCCUCGCUCAGAGCUGGGAUCUCGGGAGGUAACUUCCUUGUGCUCUGUUUGCAUCGGAGGACAGUGGCUGGGUACCAACGCUCACCGUCCAAGGAAGCUCUGAGUCAUUGA